UCUCAUCCGAAACAACUUCUUCACUACUUUCUCAUAGCAAUAAGUUUAGCCAUUCAAUACCAAAAAAGCCUAGAGAAGAAAAGAAUGAUGAAACAGCUUCUCUCCCCUUUUCUAAUCCUGCUGAUCUUCUUCCAUCUCUGCACCAAAACUUCUGGUCAGUCGCCAGCAUCGGCUCCAGCACCUUCAGGUCCACCUGACAUCACUGCAGUUCUCCGAAAGGCAGGUAAGUAUACCACCUUCAUUGGGCUACUAAAGAGCACCCAGAUGGAUGUCCAAAUUAACAGCGAACUUCAGAAAAAAUCUGACCCGGGCUUCACCAUAUUUGCACCCACCGAUACUGCCUUUUCAAACCUCAAACCAGGCACACUGAACUCAUUCACUGAUCAGCAGAAGGCGGCACUGACGCAAUUCCAUGUGGUACCUUCUUACCUUUCAAACUCACAGUUCCAAACUGUGAGCAACCCGCUGCGCACAGAGGCAGGUGGUGAUACUGUGGAGUUUCCACUGAAUAUAACAACCAACGGAACUCAGGUGAGUAUGACAACAGGGCUUGUGAACACAACAGUGGACGACACGGUAUACAUUGAUGGUCAGCUUGCUGUGUAUGAGAUCGGCGAGGUACUCCUUGCACAAGGUAUCCUCAGGCCUCCAGCACCACCACCACUACCUCCAAAGAAUGCUUCUCCUUCUUCAAAUGCCCCUUCAGGGUCGAUUAGCUCUUCUGGUGAUUUUUCUGAUGCAACAUGUCUGCGCUAUGCACCAACUGCAAUAUCCUAUGGAGUGGCAAUUCUUGUGGCAUUAACCUUAUGGCUAUAGACACAGUGUUGGUUGAUCAUGGCAUGAUCUUGUGUUCGGUGUGUGCUUGUACUGUCAUAAUUUUCACUCAAUCAAAUUAUUAACUUGUCUCUCUACCGAA